GCAGGGCGAAUCCAUGUUAACAGUGACCGUCAAUUUAACGUACUAAUUAACCCAGAGCUAGGUAGCAAGCUUAUGCCCAUACUUAGAGCAAAGAGUUGAGCUACUCUAUUAAGUAAGCAAAUGAACAACUGUAGAUAUCAUACUUGGUAGAUCCAUGGACGGAUUGAAAUACACGUGUAAAACUAGCUAAAAAGAAAACGGAAAACCCCUAAAUUGGGCAAAAGACCAGAAUGCUUGAAAAUUGGGGAAAUUGUUUCUCCAAAUAAUUAGUAUCGCGUGUUGUUCACGCCACCUCGCCAGUCAGGUACCGUAACAUUCUGACGUAAUCCGAUCCCUGAUCAUGAAUUGGUACCUAUAGUGUACCUACCACAUCCAUCCAGUCGCUACCUGUAGGUACAUCUAAUGUAGACAUGGCAUCGAAGGAGACGAGCUACGCCGAUCCGCUUGAGGAACAACACAUCGGCCCCAUUCCGUUCCUCCACGAGACGUGUCGGCAUGAAGCGGCGAGCAAGCAUCACCCGGUGACGGCCGCGACGUCACCGACGCCCGGGAUAUGGCGCCGGUACCAGUCCCGGGAUAAUCGCAAAGGGCGCCACGCUGUUGUAAUCUCACCACCGAGUGAGGCGAGACAUGGGAUUUCUCACCCCCAUGCUGUUGGGACGCUCAAGGCGAGCUUGCGGGGGAUGGGGAGGAUGCUGGUGAGAUAUCCUGUGUUCGAUGUUAGUUAUGAUGUUGCUGUCAUAUUCACUUUGGGGUCUGUGAUCUGGGUCGUCAACGGCUUCUUCGCCUGGCUACCCGUUCAAUGGCCUUCGACGGAAUUUGUCGGUGAGGAGGGCCUGGGAGCCGGCAUCACUGCCUUCAUAGGCGCUACUGUCUUCGAGCUCGGGUCCGUGCUCCUAGUGCUCGAGGCCGUCAACGAAAGACGGACGGAUUGCUUCGGGUGGGCGCUCGAGGAAGCUAUGAACAGCUAUGGCCUUCUGCUUCGCCCGGAUCCCGCCGGAUGUGCGCAUCACCACUCAGUUCGAGACAGUCUUCUCACAGCACGGGAGGCUGAAACUGAUAGAAGAGGAGAUAGAUCUUGGGAGUGGUGGCCGACCUGGUCUGAACUGAAGACGCACUAUUUCCGAGAGAUCGGAUUCCUGGCGUCUUUUGCGCAGUUUGUUGCGGCGACUGUGUUCUGGAUAUCGGGGUUCACUGCUUUGCCUUCCAUCCAAGGUCGUCUUUCUACCCCCGCUGUUAACGGGGUGUAUUGGCUACCCCAGGUGGUCGGCGGUGUUGGGUUUAUCAUUUCCAGUCUCUUGUUCAUGAUCGAGACACAGACAACGUGGUAUACGCCUGCUCUUAACGUCCUUGGCUGGCACAUAGGAUUCUGGAACUUGAUCGGUUCAAUCGGCUUUACACUUUGCGGUGCAGCCGGAUUUUCAAGUAGCGAAGCUGCUGUUUAUACUUCUGAUCUGUCAACUUUUAUCGGUUCUUGGGCAUUUCUAAUUGGCAGUGUGAUUCAAUGGUAUGAGAGUCUGGAUAAAUACCCCGUUCGCAUUCAAUGAGAACAUAUGCAGCAAGUGAGAACGGCUAAUUAUGAUUUUAAAUUCAUCGCACUAUUAUCGAUCGUGAUCCUUUGAAUUCGUGACUUGUCUACGAAGAAAGGCUGAAAGAUAUGGCGUGCCACCGUUUGGCUACCUGCCAAGCUGAGAUUAUCUGUCCAACCCCUCCCGCUCGUCAAGUGUCUACGUAGUACUGGUUGGAAGUAGGCAAUCAGCCAGCUUAAGUCAACCUGUUGGCCACAAACCCAACUGUAUGUGUGAUGAACAACUGCAGCAUAGAAAAGGGACCGGCCUACUCAUUUCACGCCGGAUGGGGUUGAGAAACCAUCUGCAAAACACCGUGUGCACAACUGUGGUGGCUGUCAUUAGCGAGCCAAAAAGAAAAACUCAC